AUGGGCAAAAAGACUGUCACUUUCGCUGAUGAAAUUAACACCGAAAAUUAUGAGACUUCUUAUGCAAAACUAAAACAGAUUUUGUCUAAUAAAGGAAAAGGAUUAACUGAUCCAGUGAAGAAUGUUGAGGAUAAAUGGGAGUUGUUACCUGCCUUUUUAAAAGUCAAGGGACUUGUGAAACAGCAUAUCGAUUCUUUUAAUUUCUUUGUUGAAACCGAAUUAAAAAAGAUCAUUCGCGCAAAUGAUAUGAUUACUUCGGACGUUGAUCCAGCUUUCUGGAUCGGUCCACCAGAUCGACCUGAUACCGAUCAUGAAACGCAACAUAAUGUCUUCACGCCUCAUGAAUGUCGAUUACGUGAUUUAACUUACUCAGGAAAUAUUUAUGUUGACGUGGAAUAUGUACGUGGUAAAACAAGAGUUAUUCGUAAAGAUACAAUUAUCGGAAAAUUACCUAUAAUGCUCCGAAGUUCAAAGUGUGUAUUAACCGGAAAAUCAGAAGCAGAAUUGGCUAAAAUGUUUGAAUGUCCUUUGGAUCCAGGUGGAUACUUUAUUAUAAAAGGAACUGAGAAAGUUAUACUUAUUCAGGAACAACUUUCAAAAAAUCGUAUUAUAGUUGAAGGUGACAGAAAAGGUCUUGUUCAAGCUUACGUGACAAGUUCAACCCACGAAAGAAAAAGUAAAACUUAUAUAGUUGCAAAGAAUGAUGCAAAAAAUGAUAAAAUUACAUUGAAACAUAAUUCAAUUUCUGAGGAAAUCCCAAUUGUGAUAGUAAUGAAGGCUAUGGGAAUUCAAUCUGAUAAAGAAAUAGCCCAAUUAAUAUCAGGAGGAAAUCAAACAUUUUUGAAUAUGUUUUCCCCAAAUAUUGAAGUGUGUGCGAGUAUGAAUAUAUUUACUCAGAAGCAAGCUUUAGAUUAUAUAGGAAGUAAAGUUAAAGUAACAAGGAAAAUUGCUAAUGUACGAAGACCUAUGGCUGAGGAAGCAUUGGAAAUCCUUUCAACUGUUGUACUUGCUCAUGUUCCUGUAAAAGAUUUGAAUUUUCAGCCAAAAUGCAUUUACAUUGCUAUUAUGAUCCGACGCGUCUUAAUGGCUUUAGCAAAUGAGAGCUUGGUAGAUGAUCGUGAUUAUGUUGGAAAUAAGCGAUUAGAACUUGCAGGCUCCUUACUAUCACUUCUAUUUGAGGAUUUAUUUAAAAAGUUCAAUUUUGAUUUAAAGCUUAAUAUCGAUAAAUUAUUGAAGAAACCUAAUAGGGCAUCUGAAUUUGAUGCACAUAAACAAUUAAUGCAACAUGGCGACUGUAUAACGAACGGGUUUGUUCGUGCAAUUGCUACUGGAAAUUGGUCAUUAAAACGAUUUAAGAUGGAGAGGGCUGGUAUUACGCACGUUCUUAGCAGAUUAAGUUAUAUUUCAGCAUUAGGAACGAUGACUAGGAUUACAUCUCAGUAUGAAAAAACACGAAAAAUUAGUGGACCUCGUGCUCUUCAGCCGUCACAAUGGGGCAUGCUUUGUCCUGCUGAUACCCCCGAAGGUGAAGCUUGCGGGUUAGUAAAAAAUCUUGCUUUAAUGACGCAUAUCACAACUGAUGAUGAAGAGGAGCCUUUAAAGAGACUUGCGUUUAAUCUUGGAGUCGAAGAUGUGAACGGUCUCACAGGUUCUGAACUAUAUCAACAAAACGUUUAUAUGGUAUUUUUGAACGGUCUCAUGCUUGGAAUUACGCGUCAACCUAUUGAUUUUGUCAAAGAUUUUCGAAUCUUACGCCGUUGUGGUAGGAUUUCAGAGUUUGUUAGCAUUUAUGUAAAUCAUCAUCAUGCAGCAGUUCAUAUUGCUUCAGAUGGUGGUCGUGUAUGUCGUCCCUUAAUUAUAGUGGAGAAUAAUACACCAAAAGUGACUUCAGAGCACAUUAAAAAAUUAAAACAAGACAAGAUGAAAUUUGCUGAUUUUUUGGAACAAGGACUUGUCGAAUAUUUAGAUGUAAAUGAAGAAAAUGAUUCAAAUGUUGCUAUAUAUGAACGUGAAAUUGACCAUCAAACUACACAUCUGGAAAUUGAACCAUUUACGAUUUUGGGCGCUGUAGCAGGUUUAAUUCCAUAUCCACAUCAUAAUCAAAGUCCUAGAAACACAUAUCAAUGUGCUAUGGGAAAACAAGCUAUUGGUGCUAUUGCAUAUAACCAACUUCGAAGAAUAGAUACCCUUUUGUAUCUUAUGGUAUAUCCCCAGCAACCGAUGGUAAAAACAAAAACCAUUGAGUUGGUUGGGUAUGAUAAGCUUCCAGCAGGACAAAAUGCAAUAGUUGCAGUUAUGAGUUAUUCUGGUUAUGAUAUUGAAGAUGCUUUAGUGUUGAACAGAGCAUCAGUUGAUCGUGGUUUUGGCCGUUGUCAAGUUAUGAGGAAACAUGUUGCUCUAAUGAAGAGAUAUUCAAAUGGUUCUUUUGAUCGCAUUGGAGAUCCACCACCAUCGGAAAGUUUACCCACGGGACCAUCGGCCGAUAGAUUUAAUAUUUUGGAAGAGGAUGGAAUUGCAGGCGUCGGUGAACGAGUUAGUCCUGGGCAAGUUAUCGUAAACAGGCAUACACCAACAAAUCUAAACACAAAUAUUCCAGUAAAUAUGCCUAUUGCCAAUGCACCAGUGGUUCAGUUCACCUGGAAACAUGCACCUUUAUCUUAUAAAUCACCAGAAACUGGUUAUAUUGAUAAGGUCUGCAUAACAACCACUGAGCAGGAACAAACUCUGAUUAAAGUUCUAAUUAGACAGACACGUAUACCAGAAUUAGGAGAUAAAUUCUCAUCUCGUCACGGUCAAAAAGGUGUUUGUGGUAUUAUCGUGCCACAGGAAGAUAUGCCAUUUACAGAUUCCGGCAUUUGUCCGGAUAUCAUUAUGAAUCCUCAUGGUUUCCCUUCACGCAUGACAGUAGGUAAAAUGAUUGAAUUAUUAGCAGGUAAAGCUGGAGUUCUAAAGGGAGAGUUACAAUAUGGAACAGCAUUCGGUGGUAGUAAAGUUGAAGAUAUGAGUAGGAUCCUGAUUGAACAUGGAUAUAAUUAUUCUGGUAAAGAUUAUGUAACCUCAGGUCGAUCGAGAGAUGGUGGAUUGCGUUUAGGUGAAAUGGAACGUGACUGUUUGGUCGGUUAUGGUGCUAGUAUGUUACUUAUGGAACGCUUAAUGAUAUCUUCGGACCAAUUCGAUGUUCAUGUCUGUGAACAGUGUGGUUUAAUUGGGUACAGGGGAUGGUGUCAGCAUUGCAAAUCUAGCAAGCAUAUGGUAACAAUGCAAAUGCCUUAUGCUGCAAAGUUACUUUUUCAAGAACUCCAAAGUAUGAACAUUGCACCAAGAUUAAUUCUAGAAGAGUACUAA